AAAAAAAAUCACACUAAGGUCAUGCUUCGUCGUUUUUGCAACGCAACUUUUCAAAAACCGUAGUUACAGGUGAUCGAUGGACUUGUAAGGUCGGCACACUGCAGCAGUUCAUCAAUGGCCUGAGCUGUAAAAAAAGAGUAGCAAUAAAUGGCAGAGGAAAACGUCGAAUCAACGAAGCAUGACCAUAUAGGGUUAAUUGCAAACUAAUUGUUUAUUUGUCAUCAUUAAUUGUACAUCAAAAAAAUGGGAGCAUUAAUUUUCCACUGACUAAAAAAAUUGCAUUGAGAUGAAUCGAUCAAAUAUGCGAAUUUAACUGGAAUGUGCCAAAACAGUUGCUGUUAGGUCAUCGACGUUUAAACAUGUCCCACGCAGGAGGUGUCCUUUUUCUGCUCAUUGUGGUUUCAUAUGAGGUCGCUUCGAAGGUCGAGUUUACCAACAUUGUAUGUACUUCCCUCGAUAAAGAGUUUUCCGAGUUUGAGUACUGCUAUCUGAAGUCGGUGAAUCGGACCUACAAAUAUGUGUCUGUUAAAAGUAACUUGUACCAAACACCGGUAAAGAAAGUGAAAGUAAAUUUUUCACUGUAUAAACGAUUCAAUGGUUAUAGGCCUUUUAUGUACAACAUCACUGUGGAUGCCUGUAGAUUCCUGAAGAAUCCCAAAUCGAACCCAGUUACAUUGUUCUUUUUUAGCUCAUUUGCUGAAUUCUCAAAUUUGAACCAUUCGUGUCCCUUCAAUGGGGCACUUGUUCUGGAAAAGUUAUCAACCGAGUUUAUAAAUCACCAAACUACUAAAGUGCUGCCAUUUCCGGAAGGGGAUUAUAUGGUAGAAUUAAAUUGGCUUGCCUACGACAUCAAUCGGUCUGUGAUCAAAUUUUAUUAUACUCUUUCUUGACUUAUGUAUUUGUCAGAUAUAUGAAUGUAUAAAAUGCCUUUGAAUUGUUUGAUAAAAUUCGAUAA